CCCAGGAAAAAUCACCUCCUUCAAACAUGAAAUCUCUCAUCCUUUUGCUGAUUGUUUCCUCAAUGAUGUUCUCACUGGUACAAAGAGGUCGAGGGCAGGUAUUUAUUCCAUGCAGCAGUGAAGAAGAUUGCAAAGCAGUUGAUUGUCAUGGAGGAGUUGCACAUUGUAUUAAAGGCCAAUGCCAAUGCACAGUUUUUGAAAUCAAAGCUCUUACUUGUUCCAAUGACUUUGAAUGUCAUGAAAAAUGUGGUCCUAAGGCCAAUAACGAUAUCUGUCUUAAUGGCCAUUGCCUUUGCGGUGCAUCUGAUUAAAUUUUGCGAAACAA